CGAUCGUUUUGUGGAUUGGCUGCUUUGUUCUGUAUUGAAGACGCAGCAGGAGUUUCGAGGGUUAAAUUGGGCGCUUGCUUUUAGCGUAUCAUUUUUUCAAAUACAACAGCUGCAGUAUGGAGUGAUCUUGAGGACAGAUUUUCACAAGGGAAUGAUUCCAGGAUCUAUGAGAUUCGACAAGAGAUCGCUGAAUGUCACCAAGGCUCUCAAUCGGUUUCUAUACACUACACCAAACUCAAGGUUGUUUGGGAUGAGCUAGCCUCCUAUUAGGAACCCAUCACGUGUAGUUGUGAUGGUGCUAAAACGCUGGCCAAUCGAGAAGAAAAAGAAAGGGUCAUGCAGUUUUUAAUGGGGCUAAACGAAUCUUACUCUAAUAAUCGUGGCUCAAUCCUGAUGAUGAACCCUCUCCCAGAUACAAAGAAGGUCCGUAGUCUCAUCCUCCAACAUGAAAGGCAGAUGGAAGCGACAACAUGUCGUGAACGCCCACCAAUUUCUCUUGCUAUGCAAGCUGCACGUACAUCAGGCACCUCAAAGACUAUGUUCUUUCGCAAACCGCUGAAUUGUACAUAUUGUGAAGAGGAGAAUCAUCUAGUGGAUCGAUACUACUACCUUAAAGGGUUUCCAGUGGGUCACAAAUGGCAUGUGAAGAAUGUGAAGCCUAGAAACAAGAGGCCUGCUGCCUACAAUGUGGAGACAAAGACAGAACCUGCUAAUGAGAGCCCAACCUUCACCGCUGAAGAAUACAAGCAGAUCAUGGCUUUGCUUCACAAUAAAAAUGGACGUGGAAAAGAAGAGGACGAUUGGCCCAGGCAAGCAUUUUAAUGGGCUCCAUUACCUCACACCAUCUCAAAAUCCACAUCUAGCCAAUCAUAUCACCCGCACCUUGGAUCUUUGGCAUCAGCAUCUUGGGCACCCAUCUUCUGCACCUGUUCAAUUUCUAUCUCAAGCUAUUCCAAAAAUUAUGUUUAAUCCUAAGCAUGUUUGUGAUGUUUGUCCCUUAGCAAAACAGACUCGUUUAUCUUUUCCUUCAAGUUCA